AUGAUAAAAUUUAUAGAUCAUCUUCAAUACCACAAGGUCAAUUUGAACAAAUUUUUUCAAGCUGAUGGAGACAUUGAAGCUUUAUGUUAUGGAUCAAAUGUUUAUGUUCUCGUUUCAGGUGAAAUGGUCUAUUCAUAUCCUGUAAGUUAUAACAGACAUAUUUAUUUAUCACAGGAUUUAUCAAAUUGGGAAUUGAUUUAUUCAUUCACUCCAAAACUUACUCGAAAUUAUAGAUUUACUAAUUUAUUUUAUAUUGAUGGGUAUUUCAUUGCUUUAGGAUGUGGUGAUUUAGUAAACAUCAGUAGUGAUGGAAGAAACUGGUCUGAAAUCACAAAAUUUCAAGAUGUUAGAAAAGCAAUUUUCAAAAAUAAUAUGUUAAUAUUGAUAACAAGACCAGUUUUAAAUACUCACCCAAAUUCAAUAUUAUAUAAUAAAUUCAAUAUUCAUAAUGGAUUAAAUACAAUUCUUGAGAUGAUUUACCCCAUUGGUUCAAUAUAUACAUCAAUGAACUCAACAAAUCCAGAAACAGUUUUAGGUUUUGGUACUUGGGAACAGAUUGUAGACAAAUUCUUAUACUGUGCUAACUCUUCAAAACAAACAGGGGGUUCGAAGAAAAUUAAAGAAGCAAACCUUCCACCACACACUCAUACAGGAACUACAAACUUUUCUGGCGACCAUAGUCACUCAUUAAGAGACCACCCAUUAUACAACUCAGAGUAUGAAGCUGGUCAUGACGUUUUAUCUCCAUCUUAUAACGAUUCAACAAAAAAGACUUUUCGACAAACUGAACCGGGAGGAAAUCAUUCACACGCUUUCACAACAAAUCCAACAGGCUCGGGUGAAGAUUAUAUGCCACCAUUUAUGACUGUAUUCGCAUGGUAUAGAGUUCAAUGA